CAGACACGCAUCGCAAUGAGAUCCUUUCUGGUAAUAUGUGUCCUGGCUCUGGCCACUCCUGCUAUCCUGGCUCGCAAGAUGGAUCGUUGCUCCCUGGCUAAGGAGAUGUCCAAGCUUGGAGUGCCCCGAGCUCAGUUGGCCAGAUGGGCCUGUAUUGCCGAACACGAGAGUUCCUUCCGCACCGAUGCGGUGGGAAGGAAUCCAGAUGGAUCCACCUCCAAUGGAAUCUUCCAACUGAACGAUCUGUACUGGUGCCAGCCUUCCAACGGAAAAUUCUCCCACAACAGUUGUGGUACUAAGUGCCGCGACCUCCGUAAGCACGACAUCACCCAGUCGGUGCGCUGUGCCCAGAAAGUCCUGAGGGAACGGGGCUGGUCAGCCUGGUCCUCCGGGAACUCCUGCAGUGGAAAUCCGCCAUCAAUCAACAAUUGCUUUUAAUAUAGUGUCACAUUCGGCUCUGAAUUUAUUAUUACAAACAUUACUAAACCUACAAAGUCCCAACACACUUUUUAUAUUUUCUUAUUGGGCAACUGAUUUAUAUUUAUUUGCAUUGUAAAAAAAAAUAAAAACUAUAUAUCUUUGCUUAACAUUUUUGAA